UGUCAUGCAUACUUUUGUCGUACGACACCCUAGUAGAAUUCGAUCUAAAGGCUACUUUUCGCCCCAGUGGCGGCUUGCACCCAGGAGCCCUAUGUCGCACACAGAAGUUCCACUAGAAAGCCCUUUUUCCUCAAGAGACAAAACCACAAUGAAUUUGGUGAGUGCUGGUUUUUCCGGCUGGCAAGGAGUGCGUGGCAGGACGCCUUGCUGUUCCGAAAGCGGAGGGGGACGGUGCAAAAGCCAUUCCGAUGAGAGACACCUGGAUUCGCUAGAGCUUUCCAUAACUUUUUGUCGACAUGGGGGUCGAUUUUCGCCGAAGAAUCGGAAGGUUUUUUCUCGACCCCGAAGCAGUGAAUCUCUGGAAAACCCGGUUUCAACUGACUUGUACUGCAACCGGAGAAGGACCUGGGGAUACGGAUUAUUAACGAUGGUACUUUUAUGCUCCGUAGCUAGACUUGUCAGCGCUUCUGGUUACGAUUACCCUCCACUGACGUAUCAAGCUCAGGACGAAGUCCCCUCCACCGAAAACAAGUUCUUCACAGACGCUGAGGAGACGACGCAUUAUUGGGGUGCUAAAAACCAUCGACUUGUUAUGAGCUUCAUUCCACUUCGGAGAGGCUACAUGGGGUCACGAUUCAAGCUCCGAGCACUCAUUAGUAGCGGCUUCAAAGUGCGACAGAUCAAACUGGAGCUACCUCGAACUGAGUCGUCAUACUGGCCAUCAGAUUCAGACAUUGAAGGCACGGAUCCUCUCAGCAGGCGUCGGCGGCUCCAGGAGCAAGUCGAAGGGGGCGAAGGAGCUUUUGCACGUUCUUCUUCUGCACUUCCCGUUCAAACUUCUCCGUUACAGCCGUCUUCGUCUCGGCCGCACCAACCUCCGUCUACGCAUCCUCUAUGGUCUGCCUUUCCAGAGAAACUUGCAGCUCCCAAAGUUGUCAGACACCCUCCAGGGACGCACCGCGCGAGCACCUCAGCAAGCCCGCCUCUUCGUCCACACCCAGAACGGCGCUUGGGUGCUUGUGAACCCCUACCACCGAAUACCGAACAGAUCGUGAGGCAAAUUUUUCAGAAGAACGGCGUUUCCACGGAGGGAAUUUUGGAGACCAAAAGGGCUGAAGCAGUAAGAGUUGCAAAGCCGUUUUCUGGUGCACUCGUCGCAAACGAGGAUGAGGGGUCAGAGAUCUUUGACCAGGACCUCGAAUUGCCUCCUGAACUCCUUCCUCCCUUCUCAACAGAUUGCCCCCAUGAUACGGCUUGCGGGGCGGAGUACUGCGCAUUGUUCAACUGUAAAGACGAGGCGAGGAAAAGCAGUAAGAUAACUAACUGA